AUGUGGAGAGAUGGUUCCGUGGACAAAGAGGAGGAUAACCGGCGGAGGCUAAUGUGCAGCCAGGACGAGGACAACGAAGCGGGCAGCGGUGUUGUCAAGGGAGAAUUUGAUUGCCACCGCUUUUCCGAACCAAAAUCCCAGUCACGCCCAGAUGAGAACGACCAGUGGGCCUCUCCAGAAAAGCGAGCCCAAGACGCAGAGCUCAAAUCUGAGUUUUUCACAGGAUUCCAUAACGCAGAGUGGGGAGUGAGGGAAAGAAUAGUUAUCUGUGAGGAUUUCUGGGAGGAGAACGACGAACUGGCAGGAAGCGAGCCCCACCCAGCUGCUCUAGCGGAGGAUGAGGACACAAGCAAUCAUGAAGCUCGAGAACAUAACACAAUUGCUCCAGCAGAGUCUGCAUAUGUGGAGCCUCAAGAGCAGAGAGGACUGGAGUCCGCUGAUGUCAAACCCCUGAGCUCCAAGACUGUGAAUGGUCUGAUGAUGCAGGUCUGUGAGGAACACCUACAGUUUUCACUCAGUGAGAAUGUGAAGACAAACAUGUUAUUAGCAGAGACCAUAAAGGACACCGUGGAUUUGCAGACGUGGGGGGAGCAAGUCGCUGAAGUUGUGCAAACUGAAAGCAAUGGAGAAGUGGUCAAUGAAGAAGAAGAGAAAAGUCAAGAAAAUCAGGAUGGAUUUUCAAAAGCUGAACCAUCUGAAGAGAAUCAAACUGAGCCACUCACUGUGAUUGAACAACCUGAUACUACAUCAACGGCUAAUCAGGCAAUUAAAGCAAAGUUAGCCCGUUUGUCUCUGGCACUGCCUCCUCUUGCUGUGACUCUACCUCCAACGGGAAAGGGCUUCAGAGAUGGACCACUCGGGAGUCGCCUCGGGCGCCGGAGAGGCCUCUCCCCGACCAGCGAUGAAGACGAGGAAGAGGAGCAGGAGGACGAGAGCUCCCGACGAGUCAUUGUUGUGACAGAGACAGACACGGACAAACGAGUGGGCCUGAGGAGUCUGCUAAAGUCCCCUAAAGAGCCUCUGGAUAGACAGAGGGACAUAGGAAGAAAUGUGUCCUUUUUUGAUGAUGUCACCAUUUAUCUUUUUGAUCAGGAAACUCCGACCAAUGAACUGAGUGUCACUACUCCCACAGGACCACCUCCUGUCACUGUCAAAAACUCUAAGCUGGAUGUUCGGGGGCCAAAUUCUAAACGCAGGGACUCAAAGAGGAAAGAGGAGUACUCGGUCAAACCCAGGUCUCCUCUUGGGACAAACUCUGUGACGUCGUCUCGUUUCACUGUCAGCCCGGCGGACGACCCUCAUACGUUUAGUGCAGAGUUAAUCUCGGAGAAGAUGUCUCUUGCGGACGAGCUCCUGGCCGACCUGGAGGAGGCGGGAGACGAAGGGGAGGACGGGCUGUAUCCUGAGGAUGAGGAGCGAGACAGCGAUGGGGAGGCGCAGGGGGCCAAGGGGGGGCUGGAGGACAUCCCUGAGGAGGAGAUGGAAUUGGACUACAGCAAAGCAGAGAGCGUCACGUCCAUCGCCAAACUACGCAACAGCAAACAGUUUUCAGAAAUCAUUGACAAAAUAUCAGAUUAUGUGGGAAAGCAGCGGAAGAAUUCAGAAGUUUCUGGACCAGUGGAAUCAGAUCCAGAAUACAGACUCAUUGUGGCAGCCAAUAAUCUUACAGUAGAGAUCGACAAUGAGCUAAAUAUAAUUCACAAGUUUACACGAGACAAAUACUCCAAAAGGUUUCCGGAGCUCGAGUCCCUUGUCCCAGACUCCUUAGACUAUAUCCGCACCGUGAAGGAACUGGGAAAUAAUUUGGAAAAAUGCAAGAACAAUGAAAUACUGCAGCAAAUUCUCACCAAUGCCACAAUUAUGGUCGUCAGCGUCACGGCCUCAACCACACAGGGGUCUUUACUUGCGGAGGAGGAGUUGAAGCAGCUGGAAGAGGCCUGUGACAUGGCCCUGGAGUUAAACCAGUCGAAGCACAGAAUCUAUGAAUAUGUCGAGUCCAGGAUGUCUUUCAUCGCUCCAAACCUGUCAGUCAUUGUGGGAGCUUCCACAGCAGCUAAACUUAUGGGUAUUGCUGGAGGACUCACAAACCUGUCCAAAAUGCCGGCCUGUAAUCUGAUGCUGCUCGGCGCUCAGAGGAAAACCUUGUCUGGCUUCAGCAGCACGUCUCUGCUGCCGCACACUGGCUUCAUCUACCACUGCGAUGUGGUCCAGUCUCUGCCUCCUGAUCUCAGGAGGAAAGCUGCUCGUCUCGUUUCAGCGAAGUGCACCCUGGCAGCGAGAGUGGACAGUUUCCACGAGAGCUCGGGCGGAAAAGUUGGUUAUGAUCUCAAAGAGGAGAUUGAGAGAAAGUUUGAUAAAUGGCAGGAACCCCCGCCGGUCAAGCAAGUCAAGCCCCUCCCUGCCCCCCUGGAUGGGCAGAGGAAGAAGAGAGGAGGAAGGAGGUAUCGAAAGAUGAAGGAGCGACUUGGACUGACGGAGAUCAGGAAACAUGCCAACAGGAUGACAUUUGCAGAGAUUGAAGACGAUGCUUAUCAGGAGGAUCUGGGCUUCAGUUUGGGGCAGUUGGGGAAAAGCGGCAGCGGUCGUGUCAGACAGGCUCAAGUCAACGAGGCCACGAAGGCCAGAAUCUCCAAAUCCCUCCAGAGGACGCUCCAGAAGCAGAGCAUGACGUAUGGAGGAAAGUCCACCGUCAGAGACCGCUCCUCUGGAACCAGCUCCAGUGUGGCCUUCACUCCUUUACAGGGGCUGGAGAUAGUGAACCCACAAGCUGCAGAGAAGAAGGUGGCUGAGGCAAACCAGAAGUAUUUCUCUAAUAUGUCAGAGUUCCUUAAAGUUAAGAAGGAGCCAAAAUAA